UGUUCUACCUCAGCUCAGCUGUGCUCGUGAAAUGUUUUGUGGCCUCGUCCGCUCAGUCUCCAGUUACCAGUUACAAGUCUUGUGUUGAAAAUACAGGGGGAUAAAUUUACCGGCUUUUUACACCCUAGUGUGUAAAUAAAUGAGUGAAACUAAACAAAAUUUAUUAAAAAGUGGACAUAUGUUGAAAACAGACUAAAAGGAAAACAUCAUGACGAGGGGAAUCUUAAGUCUGCACAGCUCGAAAAAACACGUCAGCAAUGUCACAUAUAUCCUCACCAAAUGGCAACAAAUACCAAAAUCAAAAUCGUACAUCACUCAAUUUGAAAAUGCUGGCAAACGUAAUUUUUCUACUGGUAAGAAGCUAAAUAAAGAAACAAAAGAAGCCGCAGAAGUUAAAGGAACUCCAUACAAAAAAUUAACCAUUGGAAUACCGAAAGAAACAUGGAAAAAUGAAAGAAGAGUUUCAGUCACACCAGCAGUCACAGAAAUUUUGGUAAAAAAAGGAUUUAAUAUUAAUAUUGAAGAAGAUGCUGGAGUUUUAUCUAAAUUUAGAAAUCAAGAAUACGAAAAAGCUGGUGCUAAUAUCGUAGACACUCAUAAUGCUUUCUCUACAGACAUUAUUUUAAAGGUGAGGCAACCGUUAGAACAGGAAGUUAACAAAUUUAGAGAAGACUCGACACUGAUUUCCUUUUUGUUUCCUGGUCUCAAUAAAAAUCUGAUUGAUGAGCUGGCCACCAGGAAAAUUAACGCAUUUGCAAUGGAUUGCAUUCCACGUAUUACCAGAGCCCAAGUUUUUGACGCGCUUAGCUCUAUGGCCAAUAUCACUGGAUACAGAGCAGUUAUUGAAGCAGCUAAUCAUUUUCCACGAUUUUUCUCAGGUCAAAUAACCGCAGCUGGUAAAGUGCCGCCAGCAAAAAUUUUAAUAAUUGGAGGCGGAGUAGCGGGUUUAGCUGCCAUUGGUCAAGCUAAAAGCAUGGGAGCCAUCGUUAGAGCUUUCGAUACCAGGUCAGCCGUUAAAGAACAAGUAGAAUCUCUGGGUGCUGAAUUUUUAACAAUUGACAUACAGGAAGAGGGAGGCACUGCUGCUGGAUACAGUAAAGAAAUGUCUAAAGCAUUUAUAGACGCUGAACAUGCUUUGUUCGCAAAGCAAUGUAAGGAAGUUGAUAUUAUAAUUUCAACUGCCUUAAUACCUGGUAAAAAGGCACCAGUAUUGAUAUUAAAGGAACAUAUAGAAUCAAUGAAACCAGGUAGCGUGGUGGUGGACUUGGCUGCUGAAACCGGUGGUAAUAUUGAGACCACAAAACCUGGAACUAUCUACAGUUACAACGACGUAGUACACGUCGGUAUUACAGAUUUUCCCAGUUUGUUGCCCACCCAAAGUUCCACCUUGUACGCCAACAAUAUCUCGAAAUUUUUGCUGUCUAUGGGUGAAAAGAACCACUUCAACAUCAAUUUAGAAGACGAAGUUGUUCGUGGAAGCAUCAUUUUAGAGAAAGGGAAGUUAAUGUGGCCUCCACCACCACCUAAAGUAUCUCUUACCCCCGCUACUGCUACUAAAAAAGAUGAAGUUCUUAAAGCUACUAUUAAAGAAAUUUCACCAUUUAAGGCUAAUUUAAAUAAAUCUCUGAUGCUUACUACAGGCGUUGGAUCCAUACUUGGUUUGGGAAUGGUAUCCCCAAAUCCAGCGUUUACAUCUAUGUUGACCGUUUUGGGUCUGUCCGGCAUCGUAGGGUACCACACGGUGUGGGGAGUUACUCCAGCCCUGCAUUCACCCUUAAUGUCAGUCACUAACGCUAUUUCUGGUAUAACAGCAGUUGGGGGGCUGCUGUUAAUGAAUGGAGGAUACUACCCAACCAAUUCUGUAGAGGGGUUGGCAGCUGCAGCAGCGUUCGUGUCGUUCAUAAACGUAUUUGGUGGAUUUCUAGUCACCAAAAGGAUGUUGGAUAUGUUCAGAAGACCAACUGAUCCUAAAGAAUACAACGCUCUCUACGGAAUCCCAGCAGCAGCGUUCAUGGGCGCUUAUGGUUGGGCUGCCAUGAAUGGUUUAGCCGAAGUGCAUCAAGCCGCAUAUUUGGCAGCCUCUUUAUGUUGCGUAGGAGCCUUAGCUGGCCUUAGCUCUCAAGCCACGUCGAGAUUAGGCAAUAAUUUAGGAAUAAUAGGCGUGUCUGCGGGUAUAGCAGCCACUUUAGGUCAAAUUGCUCCUAGCAACGAGGUACUUGCUCAAAUGGCUGCCUGCGUUAUAGCAGGUGGCGGUAUCGGUACACUUAUUGCUAAAAGAAUCCAAAUUUCGGACUUACCUCAACUUGUGGCUGGUUUCCACAGUUUGGUAGGUUUGGCUGCAGUAUUAACUUGUGUAUCGACAUUCCUUCACGAUUUUCCAACUUUUGCUACAGAUCCAGCAGCUGAAGUAGUUAAAACAGCUCUAUUCUUAGGAACGUAUAUCGGAGGAGUGACUUUCAGCGGUUCCUUGGUAGCUUAUGGAAAACUCCAAGGAAUAUUAAAAUCUAACCCACUUCAUCUACCUGGACGACAUGCGUUAAAUGCUAGCCUUUUAUUGGCUAACAUUGGCGCUGGAGGUUACUUAUUCUAUGAUCCCACAUUAAUGGGAGGUCUUGGAGCUCUUGGCACCACCGCGGCUUUAGCUUCUGUCAUGGGUGUCACGUUAACAGCUGCGAUUGGCGGUGCCGAUAUGCCCGUUGUCAUUACGGUUUUGAACAGUUAUUCAGGUUGGGCUCUAUGUGCAGAAGGUUUCAUGCUCAACAACAACCUGAUGACAAUUGUAGGCGCACUUAUUGGAUCAUCUGGAGCUAUUUUGUCUUACAUUAUGUGUAAAGCUAUGAACAGAUCACUUCCAAACGUAAUAUUAGGCGGUUACGGAACCUCCAGUACUGGCACUGGAAAACCUAUGGAGAUAACCGGUACUCACACUGAAAUCAACAUUGAUGGAGCUGUAGAAGCCAUUAAAAAUGCCAGAAAUAUAAUAAUAGUACCUGGUUAUGGUCUUUGCGUAGCCAAAGCCCAAUACCCCAUUGCAGAAAUGGUCAGCAAGUUGAAACAAGCAGGAAAGAAUGUUCGAUUCGCCAUUCAUCCAGUUGCAGGUCGUAUGCCUGGUCAACUCAACGUUCUCUUAGCCGAGGCAGGUGUUCCCUAUGAUGACGUACUCGAAAUGGAUGAAAUCAACGAAGACUUUCCACAAACUGAUCUCGUCUUGGUCAUAGGUGCCAAUGAUACAGUCAACAGUGCUUCUCUCGAAGACCCCAACUCUCCCAUCGCAGGUAUGCCGGUUCUAAACGUGUGGAAAGCCGAAAACGUAAUCGUUAUGAAGAGGUCGCUGGGCGUCGGUUAUGCUGCAGUCGAUAAUCCAGUUUUCUAUAAACCGAACACAUCGAUGUUGUUGGGGGAUGCUAAGAAAACGUGCGAUCAAUUAUUGGCGAAAGUUGCAGCGGAUUAAAUUAGGUUUUUUUUUCUAGUUUUAACGCUUAUUUUGUACAUAUUUUCAACAGAAACUUUAAACGAUGAUAAUAUAGAGUAUUAAGCAAUUUCAAACGUAUUCAUAAUUUAUAAUUAAUAAAAGUUGUAGUAGUUGUAGAUUGUCCAAUUCAUAAAAGACGAAAGAAGUGUAGAAUUUGAAGAAACUAUUCAAUUUUUGAAAAUCCAUACAUAUAGAUUUUAUGCUCUUAAUUUAGUUUUAGUAUAAACUUUUUAAAUAACUAGGUACCUGAGGAAAUAAGGCCCACCUAAGGAAAAAAACUCAUUUUAUUUGAAAAAAAAAAAGUUAAAAUAAAAUUGAAAAUACACAUAAUCAAAAACAGUUACGCUUCUUGGAUGAAUACAUUUCUAAUAGAAAUUUCAUUUUUUUUUUAAGUUUUGAGCCAUUUUUAAAACGUCUCCAAUGAGCCUUAUUAUACAACCAAGAGGGUAAUAGGGCCCUUGCUUAAAAUUCGAUUCUUUUAAAAAGGCCCACAAAAUAUAACGCUUACACGUGUAUUUAUAAAUUCAAAAACAUUUUUAAAACAAAAUAAACUAAAAAAAGGCACAAAUAUUAAGCUUAUAAAAGAAACUAAAGCAUUCUAAAAUAGUUCAUUAGCAACACUUUGGACAAACAAAACAUUCCGUAUCGCGUAUCGCAUGACACCAUUUUGCGCAAGUUACACAUUGUCUCAUGUCAAGUUUGUCUUCAGUUCCGCAAAGAAAACAGUACCACGAAUCACUGCCCAAUGCUUUUUUUGAGGAAAUUGAAGUCGAAAAGUUUAACGUUGAAGGUCUAGGUUCUUUUGCUGCAGACUUACUGAUUGACGUUGAAGAUUUAGAUUCUUUUGAUGCAGACCUGAUGUCUGCUGUUAAAGGUUUAGAUUUUUUUGCUACAACUUCCUGGAGGUAGCAGAUACUGAUGUCGACUUUGUGCUAACGGAUGAAAAAAGGUCUUUCGUUACAGCUUGCGCUUUAUAAUUAAGGGAUUUAUUCCUGUCAGCUGUGUUAUUGUUUUUAUUCUUUGUUGCAGAAAGCUCAGGAGUAGGAAGCAAUUCCUUAAAAGACCUAUUAAGAACUUCAUUACUAGUAUCCAUCAUGAUGUUGUCUGUCAACGUUUUAUCUGUAGCUGUGGUCCCCCCCAGCGAUUUUCGUGAUUCGUCAUUUUUUACUGGUGUUUUUUCUCCAUAUUUGCUGCUUCUUGCUAUUGCUGAAUCUUUCACGAUUUUUGCUAGCUUAUUUAGCGGUAUGUCGUCUAACUCAUCAUUGGACUUAGAUCUAUGAUCCGUUGUAUUUGUAGCGUUAUCAACUUCUAAAAUAUUCGGAAUUACACUGCUGUUUGUGUUGUCUCGCAGAAUUCCUUCAUCAGGUACAGGUCGUUCAGGGUUUUCUAAAUGGCGCUGGCUUACAAGUGAUGGGGCAAAUGCUGACUCUGGAAUCAUUUGUGGAUCAAGUGGCGUCAUACAUUUGGG